AUGGAGGUCGGCGGGCCGAAGGCUCUGUUCCUUUCGGGCGUGGCGCAGCAGGGCGCGGCGAAAGACGAUACAGAUGUGCGGGCGCCUGAGGGGGCCGACGCCGCGAGCGAGGGGGCGCCGCGCGGACUGGAAGCCCUCCUAGAUACGCUCCAGCGGAUUGCGCGAGGAUCGACGGGCCAGGCGCUCGUCGACGCUGUGGACGGUUCCUUCGACCUGCUCGACGAUGAGACGCGGCAGGUUCUCGCGGUGCGCGCUACGGCCGAGAAGUCCGGGCAGGGCGGCGAGCGCGCCCGGGGCGCGAUGGCGCUGGUCGCAGCGAUCACCGUUGCAACCCAGAAGCGCAUGGAGAAGGCGGGGGAGCGUCUGCGCGGCCUCCUAGCGGCCGCGAAGGGCGACGCGAAAGCGCUGCAAUUAAUGGUGGCCUCGCUGCGGCGCAACGGGCUCAUCGACCGCGCGUUUAUGGACGUCGUGGACGCCAACAUCGACGCCGCGCAGCGCUCGGGCCAGUCGGUCAAGCUGCAGGUCCUGAAGUUUCUGAAACAAGCGCUCUCGAGUGACGGCACAGAGACAGCGCGGGGCGGUGAGGGGGCCGCGGGCGCGGCCGGGGCGCCCGAGGACGUGCUCGCGCGGCACCACGCGCCGCACGUGGCGCGCAGCGGCGCCGGCGCGGACGCGGGGGAGGGGGAGUUGGAGGUGACUGCCCCGGAGGACUUCGGCAGCGGCCGGGGGGUGUUCGCGGAGAUCUCCGAAGGCAAGGCGAAGAACGGCCGGCAGAAGCACCAGCUGCGCGCGCGGAUCGACACCUGGGUGGCGCCGGUCGCACAGCACCUCGAGGAGCACGGGUGGGCGGCCAGCGACGGCAUCCUGUCGCUGGACGGUGUGCGUGCUGUUCGGGCCGAAAUCGCCGCCCUCGAAUCGUACUACAAGCAGAGCGAGAUCUGGGUCGGCAAGGAGGCGGGGCUGGGUGCGCAGAUCGUGGCCCCUGACGUCCGGGGCGAUCGCGUGAUGUGGAUGUGCGGCGGGCACGGCCGCGCCGCGGGCGUCGUCGACACGCGCGCGGUCGCCACCCGCGGCGACAUCGAGCCCUGCGACGCGUCCGUCAAGCGCAGAGCCGCGAAGAAGGCCGCCGCGGUCAGCUUCGGUGCUCUCAAGGCGCUCGUGCGCGCCGUCGACGCGCUGGUCCUCGGGCAGCUCAAGGGGCGCGUCGCGCGGCUCGCCGGAGCGCACGAGCGCAGCGACGCCAUGCUCGCGGUGUACCCCGGCGGCGGCGCAAGGUUCCAGCGCCACGUCGACAACACGGCGCAGGACGGGCGCGUGCUGACGGUGGUGGUGUACCUGAACCCGGCGUGGGACCGCGCGCACGGCGGGGCGCUGCGCGUCACGCACGAGGGCGGCGCGCGGGCGACGGACGUGUACCCUGAGGCGGGCAGGGUGGCGUUGUUCUUCUCUGACCGUAUCAUGCAUGAGGUGCGGCCGUGCCACGCGCACCGGCACGCGGUGACGAUCUGGUACUACGACCGCGCCGAGCGCGCGGCUGCGGUCGCGAAGGCCGAGGGGCACGGCGGGCUGUCGGCGCUGGCGAUCGCGGGCGGCGACGCGCGGCAGCUGCGGGCGAAGGCGUUCAUGGAGGGGGUGGCGCGCGGGGGCUGGGACGCGGAGCGGGUGCGUGCGGAGGCGGCGGCGCUGGAGGACGAGGCGGCGGGGAUCGUGGGGGGUAUUCUGGGGCUGGGGGGUGUGGCCGAGGUGCGCGCGGCGUUCGAGGGGCUGAGUCAGGGGGGGGUCGAGGAUCUGCGCCAGGGGCUCGCGGCCAUGGGGCUGCGGUGA